AUGCACUAUAGACAAUAUUAUACAUUCAUUUCGAAAAUAAUCUUCAAUCGUAAUCAAAAUGUAUUCCUUUGUCAAACCAUUAGUAAUAAUAAUAAUCGAUUUUGCAGUUCAUUGACUUCUUCUAUACAAGUAAAUCAUCCUUUGUCGACAAUUUCAUCAAAGGAAGAAUUAUUUCCAACAUGGAUUACUAGUAAAUAUCUACCAAAUGAUUGGUUACAAAAAGAAUUUUCCGAUCCAUUUGUAUUAAAUAAUUUCAAAAGUCUGGUUGUAUUAUGUCAAUAUGAAUCAAAACUAGGUCGUUGGCGUACAAUGAAAUCAUUAUGUUCUAAAGAUGAUGUUGAAAUAGUUGAUUCAGAAUCAUUAUUGGAUAGUUUAUUCUUAAAUGUCUAUCAAAAAGAAUUAAAUAUCAACGCUAGAACUGGUAUUCAAAUGAUACACAAUGUAUGUAAAUAUAAGUUCAGUGAACAAAAUGUAUCUUUACAAUAUAACCAACAUUUUGAUCCACUACAUAUUCGUUUAGACAUACUUAAUUGUGAUAUAAUUCUUAGUAAACUGUACGAUCCAUUAUAUAAUAUUGGAGUGAAACAUGUAAAUAAGCUUAUUGAACGGUGUCCAGAUCUUCCAUUAUCUACUAUGAUUUGUCCCACCGAUAUGCCAGAUUCAAAUUACAACGAAAGUAACAACAAGUCGUCAUUAUUUCAAAAAACUAUAUUACAACAAUCAUUGGAAGUACUAAAUCAUUAUCUUAUACAUAACGAUGUUGUAAAUGUUAUUCAGCGUUUUCCAAGUGUCUUACUUCGUGGAAGAUUGGAACUAGUUGAUAUCUGUGAAUUUUGUAUUAAUGAUAUGGGUUUAGAAUCAUAUGAUUAUGUAAAUGCAUCGUCUUCACCAACACAUAAACAUUCAUUACGGCAUUCUACUGGUCUAUGUAUAAGUAAAUGUCCGAUUUGGGAGUUAUCAUUAGAUCAUGUCCGUGCACGAUAUAUAUUUUUACGUUUAGUCGGUUACUGGCCAUUAGCAAGAAGGACACUUGAAAAAAAUAUUGAUAUUGAUAAACAAUUGGCAGAUUUACUGAAAUCAACUCCAGGACAAUUUACUCAAUGGUUAAAUAAUAAUCUGUUGAAUUGUUCUUCAUCUAAAUCGAAAACAAAUGAUAAAAAAGUUGAAAAAUACAGUGUACCUAAUAAUAUUCUAUUCACUAAAUCAGAUAUACAGUUUUAUGAAGAAAUCUAUUCACAUUUAAUAACAAAUAGUGAUAGCAUUGAUGAUAGUGUUGAUGUUAAUGAUGAUAAUGAUGAUAAAACUUUGGAGAUGGUAUCAAAUUGUGAUACAUCAGAACUAUAA